GGUUGGGACGUCACACGUGUUUUUUUCUUUAGACGAAGCGCACUUUGGUCCCACGUUCUCUGCGUUACCUCCGAUCUCUUCGCCUCCCUUUCUCGCGAUGGCGGUCCGCACGUCUUUCGAAAACAACAACGAGAUCGGGGUCUUCUCGAAGCUCACGAACACCUACUGCCUCGUUGGCAUCGGCGGAUCCGAGAACUUCUACAGUGUGUUCGAGGGUGAGCUUUCAGAGACCAUCCCUGUCGUCCAUGCCUCCAUCGCCGGCUGCAGGAUAAUUGGACGCAUGUGUGUAGGCAACAGGCAUGGACUUUUGGUGCCCAACAACACGACAGACCAGGAGCUUCAGCACCUGCGGAACUCGCUGCCCGACGGCAUGAUGAUCCAGCGCAUAGAAGAACGCCUUUCGGCACUUGGAAAUGUUGUAGCGUGCAAUGACUACGUCGCCCUCGUGCAUCCCGACUUGGACAGGGAAACAGAAGAUAUUCUGGCAGACGUCCUCAAGGUGGAGGUCUUCCGGCAAACAGUGGCAGAGCAGGUGCUCGUGGGCAGCUACUGCACCUUCAGCAAUCAGGGUGGCCUGGUACAUCCGCGCACCACCAUCGAGGACCAGGAUGAACUUUCCUCACUCCUGCAAGUGCCCCUAGUGGCAGGAACGGUUAAUCGUGGCAGUGAAGUAAUUGCGGGUGGAAUGGUGGUGAACGACUGGUGUGCAUUCUGCGGGCUGGACACAACAAGCACAGAGCUGUCGGUUAUCGAGAGCAUCUUUAAGCUGAAUGAGGCACAGCCCAGCGCCAUCGCCACCACAAUGAGAGAUUCACUCAUUGACAGCCUUGCAUAGAAGAACAUUUCUGCCAUGACAUGAAACUACCAAGACAUUAAGUGAACUAAAUUCUUUCACAAGGUCCGAAAAACAACUCCAUGUACAGAUCUUGCUUAAAGCUAAACACAGCAUAUUUACUUUGGCUGGUUAAGCCUGGUUAGGGAUAAUGUAUGUGGACACAUUUUAUUGGAAUGCAAUUCUCCAUUAAAUCGCAUAUUAUUUUCUUUCAUAGUUGUACGUUGCGUCAUUGUGUGUACAAUUGUGACUGUAAAUAAACAUAGGAAAUCUUUAUAA